GAUAGGCGAGUAAUCUGUCACGGUCAGUCACAGUCGGUUAAUCCCGCUCCAGCCUCCAACCCAAAUAAGCGCCUCUUUGACGAAACUCUUCCUUUUUCCCUCUCUCUCUUUGCCUUUGUUUAUUCAUUGAUCCUAAAAACCUUUUUUUUUAUUCGGGUUUUGUUCGAAUCUGGUGAAAGUUUUUUUUUCUUUAUUUUGGGUUUUCCUUGAAUCGACAUUGGUUAUUGUUUGAGGUGCUUUUGAAGUGGGGUUGUAUUGAAAAUCUGUAGACUUUGUUUCUCCAUUGUUCGAGGGACUUGGGUUUCUUUUUAUUCAGCUAUUGAUCCGAGACGAGAAUGUCUCAGGAUUUGUCACCAGAUCAAGACCUGGAUGAAUCUGAUCCCGAGUUUGUUGAGAUUGAUCCUACUGGUCGAUAUGGAAGGUAUAAGGAAAUUUUGGGCAAAGGGGCAUUCAAAAGGGUAUAUCGAGCUUUUGAUGAGUUGGAAGGAAUCGAAGUAGCUUGGAAUCAGGUUAAGGUGACAGAUCUAUUGCGAAACUCUGAAGAUUUGGAGCGGCUUUAUUCAGAAGUUCAUUUGCUUAAGACAUUGAAGCACAAGAACAUAAUCAAAUUUUACAAUUCAUGGGUUGAUACAAAAAAUGAAAACAUUAACUUCAUUACUGAGAUAUUCACCUCUGGAACACUAAGACAAUAUAGAAAGAAACACAAGCAUGUUGAUGUGAGAGCAUUGAAAAAGUGGUCCAGGCAGAUAUUAGAGGGCCUUCUCUAUCUUCAUAGUCACGACCCUCCAGUUAUACAUAGGGAUUUAAAAUGUGACAAUAUCUUUGUAAAUGGCAACCAAGGUGAGGUGAAAAUUGGUGACUUGGGACUUGCUGCCAUUCUUCAACAAGCUCGUUCAGCCCACAGUGUCAUUGGGACACCUGAAUUUAUGGCUCCGGAGUUGUAUGAGGAGGAAUACAAUGAACUUGUGGAUAUUUAUGCCUUUGGCAUGUGUUUGCUUGAGCUUGUAACAUUUGAAUAUCCAUAUAUUGAAUGUGCAAAUGCUGCUCAAAUCUAUAAGAAGGUCACAUCAGGGAUUAAACCAGCUUCGUUGGCAAAAGUCACUAACUUAGGAGUGAGAGCAUUUAUAGAAAAAUGCAUCGCAAAUGUCUCUGAUCGCUUACCAGCAAAAGAUCUUUUAAGGGAUCCAUUUCUCCAAGCAGAUGAUGAUCAUGAAAGUAUAUCUCGUCAUUUACGAUCAAAGACUCAACCUACAGAAAAAAAAGAGCAAAUUGAUUUCGAUCGAAGUGUAGAUUAUUCUCCGGCUGAGACUAGUAGAGAUUUCAGUAUGCAUGGCGAGAGAAAAGAUGUUAAUAAGAUAUUUCUCAAACUACGAAUUGCAGAUUCUAUGGGUAAUUUUCGCAAUAUCCAUUUCCCGUUUGAUAUUGAAGCCGACACAGCAAUUUCUGUUGCCAGCGAAAUGGUCGAGGAGUUGGAUCUUUCUGAUCAAGAUGUCUCCACAAUUUCUGAAAUGAUUGAAACAGAAAUUCGAUCAUACAUUCCAGAUUGGAUAUCGGUUGAGUAUUCUGGAGAUAAUGUUGGAGCUGAUGCUCCAGUUUCUGAUAGCUCUCCAUCUGAAACGAGAAACGUUGCAUCUCCGUUGUCUAUUGAAUCUGGUAACCUUGCAUUAGAGGUAAUGCCUUCAGGCCGCAAGUAUUGGUCAGACUCUCCAAAAGGAAUUGGUGGAUGUUCUCCUAUUAAGCCAGGUCCUUCAAACUUGUCUUUUGCCUCAGAUCAGAAUGUUGAAUCCUCUAACAGCCACAUACAUGGGGACAAUCUAGAUCAUGCUGCUAUAAUCAAGGGACUGGAAAAUGAGCUUUUGUCGGAGGGUGGUGAUCAUGAUGGGCAAGAUGAGAGUAGCAUUCAUACUAGCUCUGAGACACAUCAUUCGGAAGAGAACAAUUAUGAUGAAUCAGUUGAUCUCAAAAUAGUAGCUGAGAAACUUGAAAAUUUGUUGACACAACAACAAAAAGAAUUAGAUGAACUAAGGAAAAAACAUAAAUUGGAUAUUUCAGAACUUUUGACUAAACUCACACCUGAAUCCUAUCAGAAAGUUAUAGAGAUGUGUCAGCUACAGCAUCCUGAUUUUGAGUUGGUUCUCUAAAAUACGAUGCAUGUCAAGCCGAAGCUUCUACUCAUGUCCUAAAUGUAAUGGUAUCUCUUUACUCUCAAAUAUAAAUCAAUUUACAUUUUACACAACUUCUCGUUUGGUAAUAGUUUCCAAUUUUCAAACUCUUUUUCUGCCUUGGAAGUUGGUUGAUCAAUCUUCCAGUCGAUCCAGUUAUGAACCAUGAUGCUGAAGUUGUUAAAGGAGAGGUUAACCAAAGGAUUGAGAAGCUGUAAACUGACACUGACAGCGCUUCCAAUUCUGUACAGAAUAGGUGAGACGUUCUAUUGUAUGUUAUGUGGUGUGAUGGUGAUAUGCCAAUGCUAUAAUUUUUUUAGAAGAUACGAAGCCAGAAAAGAUGGAAAGACGAAGCAUACUAAAUUUUAUUAAUAUUCUAUCAUAUAAUUAUAACCUGACCUAGUUAGUUGAAAUUCUUUUAGAUAGACAUUUGUACAAGCAAUAAAAUUUUCGUGCUAUGUUCAUUUCUUUCAUUUUUCCUAGGUGAUAUAAGUUGACCACAUAUUUUCAUUCUUCGAAAACUCAUUUAAGUGUGAUAAAUGGUGUGACGAAUGAGAAUUACUCUUUUAGUUGUAGCAUGCUUAUGCUUGUUCUUCCAAAUUUUCAUGGUUGAGUUGCCCAGUUGCUUGUUUUAUUUCCCCCAGAUAUUAUGCUUGUGAAAAUUUUCUUUUCUUUUCACUAAAAGCAUAUUGGAUACUUUUUGCAACAUUUCCAAAGAAAAAUACUUUUUAGGUGAUGGGACUCAUCAGUAGGGAAUAUAUAUAGACUCAAUAUUUUCCAGCUAUUUCACCAGCUAAAAGGGCUGCAAUUCUCUUGGCUUGCUCGUGAUUAUAUAAAAUACUCAUCUAAAAUUCUGCAUUCAUUUGCAUUACUAGAAAGUAGGAAAUUUUCAAAAAAGAAAAAUACUGAGAAGUAGAAAUAAACACUGUCGUGUUAUGUUGAAUACCACAUACAUUAUAAUUAGAUAAAGAUUUCCUGGAAAUGAUUCUACUUUGAAUCUACUGAGUGAGCCUUAAAAGUCGGAUAAGUCCUACCUACAGUACACAUUAACGUAGCUUUUGUAAUAAUAUUCUUGUUACUUAGUUAAAGAAGUUCCAGAUUCUACCAAGUUUGCAGUUAUACAUCUAUAUAAUAUAUCUUUAUAUACGUAUAUGUGAAACAGCAGCUUUUGGCACAAUGUUGUUGACAGUUGAACACAAAUAAUUCUUCUGGCUAUUGAUAUCUGAAAUAUUUCCCUAUCAAAAUCAUGCACCAGUGCUACAACAUUAUGAUGAUCGAUACAACUUCCCCCCCGACCAAUUUGUGACGAAUAAUAACUGCAGCUACACAGAAGCAAUCACAGGUGAUGAGAAGAGACCUAAAAAAUGGUUGAUGUGAUUAAUUGUUGUACAAAAGAUGCUCUCCGAUUCAACUCUUCACUGUUCUGGUUUCUUUCCAGCAACUGUGAACUAUUACUGCAAAACCCAAAAGGCAAAUAGGAAGAAUGGCCAUUAAUAUGUUGAGCUAUCACAUCUUCUAAAGCACAGUCAACAAUUGAGAUCAUAAGCAAGUUGAUAUGUUAUGCAUAAGCAAGUUGAUAUCUUCAUGGUGUCAAAACUUGAAAGGUUGGGAGAUAUCAAGAGCGAUCCAGUUUGACAAGUCAAAAAAUAGAAUUUUGAACCAAAUUAUGUACUUGAUAAGAUGUUGCAAAUAUAUGAGCUUAAGUUCGUAUCAGUAGGAUGGAAGUACUUGAAACAAUUUCAAUUGUCCAAUCAAUUUUUGUCAGGAAUCUUUUUCUUUUACUUUUACUUUACUUUUCUUGGAUCCUUACAAACCACUAUUGGAAAAGUACAAUUCAAAGAGGAAACUGGCUUCUUCAAUUAAAGUUGAAGGUUAAACUUUUA